AUGUCGAAAAAUUUAACUGUUUUACCUACUAACCAAUUGUUAGCCCAAGUUUGGGAUUAUAUUAUUAGCCGACCUAGCAAAAGAGGAGAACAUAAGAAAGGGAUUAGUGAAAGUUUGUUUUUGCUCUGCUGGAAAGUAGGAUUAAGAAUAUCAGAAGCCUUAAAUUUUGACUUAUCCUUGGAACAUGGAGAAAGCCAGUAUAAGAAUUUGUAUCUUUUAAGAGGCAAAGAGAAAGCAAAAGAGGAAAUGAAUAUUGCUGAAAAUAUCGAACUGGCUCCUCAUACUCUCCGCCGUUGUUUUGCCACUUACCAAGCCAUUAGUGGUAUGCCUUUACCAGUCUUGCAGAAAGUAUUAGGGCAUAGUAAAGUUAGCACUACUGCUUUAUAUAUCAGGGAUGGGGAUUUAAAAGACAGAUCGCAGGGAAAUCCUGCUGAUUAUGUUUGUUAUGAUAGAAACCAAAAUCCCUUAAUUAUUAUUGAGGUUAAACGCCAAGGAAAAGACCUAAAACAAGCUUUAAAACAAGGAAUUAGUUAUGCUAAAAUCUUCAAAGCACCUCUAGUUAUUGCUACCGACAGUGUCUUCACUAAAUGUUUUCAUGCCAAUUUCCAAAAAAAUUUAACUCUAGAUGGUGAAGAUUUUGAAGAUUUAUUAAGCGAAGAACAAGCAGUAAAAUUUGUCGAACAACCGCAUUUAAUUACCAAAGAAGACAAAAAGAUUUUGUCUCGUAAUGAACUGAUAAAAGUUUUUGAGGAAAUUAAUGAACUACUUCGCCAUGAUGUAUUGCAAGCAGGAGAUGAACGCUUUUCUGAAUUUGCUAAUAUUCUCUUUUUGAAAAUAUUUAUUUUAAAGAAUUUCAAACAGAAAUAUGAAAAACAAAACUUGUUUAUUGAUAGUCAGAUAAAAAAUCCGCAAAUAUUAGAAAAAAUUAUUGAUAAACUAACUCCCUUGUCUUUGUAUGAUACCCCUACUGAUGUUAAGGGAGAAGCCUUUGAGCAUUUCUUGAAAAGAUACAACUCAGGAAAAAAGGAUUUAGGUGGAAUAUUAAUUGAGGCCUUUAAAUCUAUUAGUAAAGGUGUGUUAAGUGAUGAUAAAGAAAACAAAGAAGUUUUGAGCAACAGCAUUCGAGGUAACGAAAAAACUAAGAUAGCUCGGAUUGCUAAAAUGAAUAUGAUUUUAUUUGGGGAUGGUCACAAUAAUAUUGCUCAGAUAGAUACUUUUCAGUGUCCUCUUAGUUCUAUUGCUUCUCAAUUUGAAGCAGUAAUAACCAAUAUCCCUUUUGGUUUUGAUAAUGUGGAUUAUGGAAAAAAUAAAUACCCUAUUGGCUGUAAAUAUGGAGACUGUCUGGCUAUUCAACAUUGUCUAAAAUCCUGUUGUUUUGAACUAAAAAAAGAAGAGUUUAUCAACAAUGGUUUUGCUAAAGUUUAUCAAUCAAGCCAUGCUACUAAUGAUGAUUUUUCUUUAGGAAAUCGCUACAUUACUGAAGAAAGAUACCAACAAUUAAAAAAAUAUGAACUACAAACUGAUGAUAUCGUUAUGAGUUUUUCAGGCACAUAUUUAGGAAGAGUGGCUCUUUUUCCUAAAACAGCCGAAAGAGGAAUUGCUUGGAACCGAACUUUUGGUACUACCAUUCAAAAUUUAAGAAUAGACAUCCUAGAAAAAUUUCCUAUUCCUCUUUCAUCUUUGGAAGAGCAACGAAAAGCAAAAGAAACAAAAAUUAAAAAAUUGGGAGACCUUGCCACUUUUGAAUAUGGAUAUACCAUUUCUGCUAGUGAUAGGGGGGAGUUUAGGUUCAUUAGGAUUACAGACAUAGACGAGUAUGGAAACAUUUCAGACCAAGAUAAAAAAUAUGUUGAUUUAUCAGAGGAAAAAGACAAAGAGAAAUAUUUACUAAAAGAAAGUGAUAUCAUUAUGGCUCGAAUAGGUUCACAAGUAGAACAAUUAACCAAAGGAACAGUCCAACCCCAAUUUAACGCUAAUUCUUUAAAGGAAAUUCAAAUCCCUAUCCCUAGUUUAGAAAAGCAAAAAGAGAUAAUUAAAGAAAGAGAAGAAGACUUAAUAAUAAUUGAUUAUCAAAAAAAAAGCGAAGAUAUUAGUUUAAAAGGUUACUUUAGUUUAAAAAGAAGUCGGCAAGUGCCAAAAAUAAGCAAGUUUUGUGAUAAGCAUGCAAGAAGUAUGGAAGAUUUUAAACGGGCUAAUAAAAACAAAGGACUGGCUGCCUUUGCCAGUUCACCUUCCUUUCGAAAAUUAAGUUCAGAAACUAAAAAUUGCAACAGUUGUAAAACUCAAAAGCAAAAAAUAGUCAAGUCAACUAAAUUACUAACUAGAGUAAAUUGUAAGGAUUUAGAAAUUAAAGAGUUAAAAAAAGAAAUCCAAAAAUUAGAGAAGGAGAAUAAAGAACUAAAAAAGGCUAGAAAAUAA